CUCGGACCGGCACCGGGGACCCGGGGCGGCCCCGGCGGCACCGCCUCGGACCGGCACCGGGGACCCCGGGGCGGCCCCGGCGGCACCGCCUCGGACCGGCACCGGGGACCCCGGGGCGGCCCCGGCGGCAGCAGCAGCAGCAGCAGCACCUUGUACCGAGACCCGGGCGGGGCAGCCCCGCCGCGCUUGCAGCGGCCGCCCCUCAUUGCGGGCUCCCCACCGUCCCCUCUUCAGGCUCUCCGGGCGCUGUGCCCACACGGCCUCAGCCGUACCCGAGUCAGCGUUUUCCCCUUUUCCCGUAAGGCAAACUGCCCUUACUAUGCCAAAGCUGAACACUUGGCUGACUGCCUCCAGGCUGCCUUGCCCAACUUCAGGGUUCACAAGAUCACUCAGCACCCUGACAAGUGGGAGCAGUGGCUUCAUGACGUUUGUGAAACGAAUGGAUGGGAACACAGACAGUCUCCUAUCAUUUGGAGAGAACUGUUGGACCGUGGAGGGAAAGGUCAGCUUCUGGGAGGACUUAAUGAUUUUCUGGAAUAUGCUCAGCAAUAUUAUGGCAUCACUUCAAUGAUGUUGAGUAAAGAAAUGUUAGACGUUGCUGAGGAGAACCUACAGGCUCAUCUUGAAAUUGUAAAAGAGGAUGAAGAGAUUAAAAGUCUUAUCAAGCCCAUGCAGAUCUGGAUCACCAGUGCAUCAUCUCCAAUCUGUUAUCAACUGAUCCCUCUGUUGGCAAAUGGAGAAGUGUUUGGGAUGACCACAGAAAUCAGUAUCCAUUUGCUUGACACUGGUCAGUUUAAGGAAGUUCUUUGCAGUAUUGUAAUGGAAGCUGAAGACAUGGCAUUCCCACUUCUCCGCAGUAUUUUGGAGCACACUGAAAUAGAUGAGGCUUUUAUUGAAGCUGAUGUUAUUAUUGUUCUUGAUGAUGUCCUCUUAAACCUUGAAGUCCAGUCCCUUGAGAACUACAUCAGAGAAGUAAGUGAGAUCUGUCAAGUGUAUGCUCCCUUGAUUGAGAAGAAUGCCAAGAGUGAGGUCAGAGUAAUUUCAUCAGGAAAAACCUUUGCAAAUCUUAAGGCGACGCUGAUUAUGACGUACGGCCCAUCCAUUAAGCCUGAGAAUAUCAUUGCCGUUGCGACAUCCUGGGAAAGUGCAGCUAAAGCCACGCUGGCCAGGAAGUUGAAUGUGAGCACAGCAGGAGUUAAAGACGUGAUUGUUUGGGGCAAUAUUACUGGCUCUAACUACAUUGAUUUGUCACAUGCUAAACUUUAUGGAUAUGAUGGUGCUAUUUGGGGCCCAGCUAAUUUUCAACGUCCUUUGUUGAAUGUGAUUUAUGAUAGGGAAUGGAUCCAUUCAGAAUUUUUAUCUGCACAGGGUUCACUGCGUUCCCGAGUUGGUCGUUGCACAGGAAUGUUACCUGCUCACGCGGUAACCACGGUACUGCAGUACUGGUAUCACGGCUCUCCUCCUGGGGAGAUUGUUUCUGUGGGAGUACUUAGUGAAGGUCAGUUUUGCGUUCCUGAAGGAAUUAUCUUCUCUAUGCCAGUGAGCUUCCAGAAUGGUAGCUGGGAAGUCAUAAAAGAAUUAGAAAUUGAUGGAACGACGCAAGAAGUUCUGGGACGCUUAGCCCACGAGCUAAUUCAGGAAAAGCUCGUUGCACUAAAGGAAAUAAAAGAAAUACAUCCAUAUGGAGAAGGCUAAAACCCCCACAUCUUUUCCCAAGUUUUUCUGUGCUGCUUUUCCUACGUAAUUUCAUUUUCAAGUUGUCUGUCCUCAUGCAUCAAAAUAAGAGCAAAUGAAUUUAAAA